CGGAGCGCUCCUCUUCUUCCCCGUCCUCCUCUUCCUCCGCAGCCACCCCGUGAGCCGCGCAGCGGGACAGGGCGCAGGCCGAGGCUCCUCCCGCCGUCCGCAGCAGCCGAGCCAGCCCCACCGACGGACUCGCGGCUCCGUGGCGGCCAUGGAGCACCGCGGCGCCUCCCCGCUCCUCCUCGCCCUCGCCCUCCUGAGCGCGCUGUGCUGGCGGGCCCGGGCGCUGCCGCCGCGGGGCGCCGCCUUCCCCGCCGUGCCGCGAUUGGUAAACAGAAUGCCAUUUGAUGGAGCCAGUGAACCUGACCAUGCCCGUGGGUUACUAAAGUCUGAAUCAGACAUUUUGCAAAACACACUACCUGAAAAUGAGAAGUUCUAUUUUGAUCUGUCCAGAAUUAUUGAUAGAAAUGCAAGGCAUGCUGAUGGAAUUUUCACCAGCGUCUACAGCCAUCUUUUGGCUAAACUUGCUGUGAAGAGAUAUCUGCAUUCGCUUAUUAGAAAACGAGUUAGCUCCCAGGACAGUCCUGUCAAACGCCACUCUGAUGCUGUCUUCACUGACAACUACAGCCGCUUCCGAAAGCAAAUGGCUGUGAAGAAAUACUUAAACUCAGUUUUAACUGGAAAAAGAAGCCAGGAAGAGCUAAACCCUGCUAAACUUCGAGAUGAAGCAGAACUUCUUGAACCUUCCUUUUCAGAAAACUAUGAUGAUGUUUCUGUAGAUGAGCUGCUGAGGCACCUCCCACUGGACCUCUGAAGGACACCUGGUGAAGUCUAUGACAAGAAAAGUUAUUUUUGAGUUCCACAUAAUAUUUCAAAGAGCUGACUUUAGUCAUCAAACCAGAACAAACAUAUUUGUGAAGUGAAAGUUGUGAUAUAUUUGUUUCUUAUGUAAUAAAAGUUGAUAUUUACAUUGUAAAUAUUACUCUAGAAUUCUCUACUGAAAGCUGUACAUAUGGAUGCCAGUUUAACUCAUGAGAAGUCUGUAAGUCUCAUAUGCUGUAAAUCCUUUACUUCAAUAAAUUUGAAAAUGAG